AUGCCCACGAAAACCCCCCUCCUAUGGGCUACCCUCGCCCUCCACCUGCUCUGUCUCACACACCACUCCCUCACCGCCACCUCUCUCUCCGGCAACCCGCUCAUCGGCGCAAUCAACCUCUUCUCCUCGCUCCUCUUCUCCUUCACCCACCACACCCAUGCCUCCAGCUCCAUCGCGCUGCCCACGCUUUUGCUGGUCAUGCAAGCCGUGGGGUGGGGUCUGACGACUUACAUGGAUGUGGUACUGCAACGCGGCUGGUUCUUCGGCGUGCAUGCAUUCGGAGACGCGUUAGCGGAACAUGCGGUUCUGGGCGUGCCCAUGGGAGUACUAAUCGGGAUGUACCCCGUCAUGUAUGCCUCGACGGGGGUGACCAACCUCCUCCUCCUCCCCGGGAAACGCACCUCUCGAAAAGCAUCACGGGUGAUCACCGCCCUCGCAUCGGCUGCAAUCGACACACUUAUCUUCACAGCCUACGACCUGUGCAUCGACCCCCUCGGACCGGCGGACGGGAUGUGGAAAUGGGAUCGGUCGGCGUUUGUGCAUGGCGCGUAUUUCGGCGUUCCUGUGAAGAACUACUACGGGUGGUUGAUUGUCAAUUUCCCGACGUUUUUCGUCGUGCGGUUGUUGGGUGGGGUGGGACGAGCCCGUGGGGGAUGGGUCUUUGAGGCUGCGCCGGUGGUCGCGUAUGCGAUGAAUGCGGUAUGGUUGUGCAGGAUUGCGCCGUUUGAGGAGUUGCGGUUGGUUACGGUGGGGGUUAUGGGGGUUCCUGUUGUGGUAGCGUUGGCCAAUUUGGUACUCGCUCGCUGGGAGGAGGAUGAGCGUAUUGGGCUUGGGAAGAAGAAUAGAUGA